AUACCUCUCGUCAUCAUCAUCAUCAUGCCCACCCAGUUGGAAGGAGCCAUGGACACCAUGAUCAGGAUCUUUCACCACUAUUCUGGCAAAGAAGGCGACAAGUACAAGCUGAAUAAAGGAGAACUCAAGCAGCUUCUGCAGAGUGAACUAACCGACUUUUUAGCGUGCCAAAAAGACCCUCAGCUGGUUGACAAGAUUAUGAAGGAUCUUGACUCCAACAAGGACAAUGAAGUGGACUUCAAUGAAUUUGUGGUCCUGGUGGCAGCUCUAACAGUGGCUUGCAAUGACUUCUUCGAGGAGCAGCUAAGGAAAAAGGGCAAAUAGGUGCGGCUAAGUAGUUACGGAGAUAAAUCCCGCGGGCAGUGAUUGUCAAAAUGUAACUAACAAAAACAUCAGCAUUAUUACUAUGUAUCGCAUCUUGUCGGCAGUUACUAAUCAAUAAAGAAUAUAAACGGUUA